UGCAACAGCACAGGAAAUAGCCAUAGUUAUACCAACAGUUCCCUCAAUGCACUUCAAGCCCUCAGUGAGGGUCAUGGGGUCUCAUUAGGGUCAUCGUUGGCUUCACCGGACCUAAAAAUGGGCAAUUUGCAAAACUCCCCAGUUAAUAUGAAUCCUCCCCCACUCAGCAAGAUGGGAAGCUUGGACUCCAAAGACUGUUUUGGACUUUAUGGGGAGCCAUCAGAAGGUACAACUGGACAAGCGGAGAACAGCUGCCACCCUGGAGAGCAAAAGGAAACAAGUGAUUCCAGCAUGCCCCAGGCUGUGAGUGGGGACAGAGCUGAGGGACAGAACCGGUUACAUGACAGCAAAGGGCAGACCAAACUCCUGCAACUGCUGACCACCAAGUCUGACCAAAUGGAGCCUUCACCCCUGCCCAGCUCUUUGUCAGACACAAACAAGGACCCCACAGGUAGCUUAUCUGGGCCUGGCUCCACACAUGGGACCUCGCUCAAGGAGAAGCAUAAAAUUUUGCACAGACUCUUGCAGGACAGCAGUUCCCCUGUGGACUUGGCCAAGCUAACAGCAGAAGCUACAGGCAAAGAGCUGAGCCAGGAGUCCAGUAGCACAGCUCCUGGGUCUGAAGUGACUAUUAAACAAGAGCCAGUGAGCCCCAAGAAGAAAGAGAAUGCACUACUUCGCUAUUUGCUAGAUAAAGAUGAUACUAAAGAUAUUGGUUUACCCGAAAUUACCCCAAAACUUGAGCGACUGGACAGUAAGACAGACCCUGCCAGUAAUACAAAACUAAUAGCUAUGAAAACUGAGAAGGAGGAGAUAAGCUUUGAGCCCAGUGACCAGCCUGGCAGUGAGCUAGACAACUUGGAGGAGAUUUUGGAUGAUUUACAGAAUAGUCAGUUACCACAGCUUUUCCCAGACACGAGGCCUGGCGCCCCUGCUGGAUCAGUUGACAAGCAAGCCAUCAUCAAUGACCUCAUGCAACUCACAGCUGAAAACAGCCCUGUUACACCCGUUGGAACCCAGAAAACAGCAUUGCGAAUUUCACAGAGCACUUUUAAUAACCCACGACCAGGGCAACUGGGCAGGUUAUUGCCAAACCAGAAUUUACCACUUGACAUCACAUUGCAAAGCCCAACUGGUGCUGGACCUUUCCCACCAAUCAGAAACAAUAGUCCUUACUCAGUGAUACCUCAGCCAGGAAUGAUGGGUAGCCAAGGGAUGAUGGGAAACCAAGGAAACUUAGGGAACAGUAUCACAGGAAUGAUUGGUAGCAAUGCUUCCCGGCCCACCAUGCCAUCUGGGGAAUGGGCACCUCAGAGUUCACCUGUGAGAGUCACUUGUGCUGCUACUGCCAGUGCUAUGAACCGGCCAAUCCAAGGAGGUAUGAUUCGGAACCCAACAGCCAGCAUCCCCAUGAGACCCAACAACCAGCCUGGCCAAAGACAGAUGCUUCAGUCUCAGGUCAUGAAUAUAGGUCCAUCUGAGUUAGAGAUGAACAUGGGCGGAGCUCAGUAUAGCCAACAACAAGCUCCUCCGAAUCAGACUGCCCCGUGGCCUGAGAGCAUCCUGCCUAUAGACCAGGCAUCUUUCGCCAGCCAGAACAGGCAGCCAUUUGGCAGCUCUCCAGAUGAUUUGUUGUGUCCGCAUCCUGCAGCUGAGUCGCCAAGUGAUGAGGGAGCCCUCCUGGACCAGCUUUACCUGGCCUUGAGGAACUUCGAUGGCCUUGAGGAGAUCGAUAGAGCUCUGGGAAUACCAGAACUGGUCAGCCAGAGCCAAGCAGUAGAUCCAGAACAGUUCUCAAGUCAGGAGUCCAACCUCAUGCUGGAGCAGAAGGCCCCUGUUUUCCCACAGCAGUAUGCAUCUCAGGCCCAGAUGGCGCAGAGCAGCUAUACUCCCAUGCAAGAUGCAAAUUUCCACACCAUGGGACAGAGGCCUAGUUACGCUGCACUCCGGAUGCAGCCCAGACCAGGCCUCAGGCCCACAGGCCUAGUGCAGAACCAGCCAAAUCAACUGAGACUACAGCUUCAGCACCGCCUCCAAGCACAGCAGAAUCGCCAGCCACUUAUGAAUCAAAUCAGCAAUGUUUCAAAUGUGAACUUAACUCUGAGGCCUGGGGUACCAACACAGGCACCUAUUAAUGCACAGAUGCUGGCUCAGAGACAGAGGGAAAUCCUGAACCAGCAUCUUCGACAGAGACAAAUGCAUCAGCAACAGCAGGUUCAGCAACGAACUUUGAUGAUGAGAGGACAAGGGUUGAAUAUGACACCAAACAUGGUGGCUCCUAGUGGUCUACCAGCAACCAUGAGCAAUCCCCGGCUUCCCCAGGCAAAUGCCCAGCAGUUUCCAUUUCCUCCAAACUACGGAAUAAGUCAGCAACCUGACCCUGGCUUCACUGGGGCCACGACUCCCCAGAGUCCUCUAAUGUCACCCAGAAUGGCACAUACCCAGAGCCCCAUGAUGCAGCAGUCUCAGGCCAACCCCGCCUAUCAGGCCCCCUCAGACAUGAAUGGAUGGGCACAAGGGAACAUGAGUGGAAACAGCAUGUUUUCACAACAGUCCCCACCACACUUCGGGCAGCAAGCAAACACCAGCAUGUACAAUAACAAUAUGAACAUCAAUGUCUCCAUGGCGACCAACACAGGUGGCAUGAGCAACAUGAACCAGAUGACAGGACAGAUCAGCAUGACCUCAGUGACCUCCGUGCCUACGUCAGGGCUGUCCUCCAUGGGUCCCGAGCAGGUUAAUGAUCCUGCUCUGAGGGGAGGCAGCCUUUUCCCAAACCAGCUGCCUGGAAUGGAUAUGAUUAAGCAGGAAGGAGAUGCAUCAUGGAAAUACUGCUGACCCUGAAGGUAGCUGGUUGAUUCUUUCUUCAGCUGACCAGGCUCACUUGCUCAAAACACUUACCAGUCUGGAGAGCUGUGUCUCUUUGUUUUGACCCACCUGGCCUGUGGCCAGUUCUCCCAGAGCUUGAUCAGUGGACAGCUGGGCCUCAGCACCAGCAUGGAGCAUACUCUGGCUGCCACCAUUGGAGAAGCCGCCUCUUCUCCUGACAGCCCGAAGUCGCGUCCAGACCGUCGCUCAGUCUGUUCACUGCAUUCACCUUAGUGCAACUUAGAUCUCUCCUGCAAAGUAAAUGUUGACAAGCAAACUUCAUCCUCAUGUCAGAUUGAAUGUAUUUAUUGUAUGUACUUAAGGAGAACCAUGCUCUUGUUCUGUUCCUGUUCAGUUCCAGACACUGGUUUCUUGCUUUGUUUUCCCUGGCUAAUCAAAUUAGUCUAGUUCAGAAUAUUACAGUUUCAUCUGGGGAAAAGAAAAGAAUUGUUGCAAAUAAAGUGAAAGGUCUCUGAUUCUUAAGCCUGCAUUUGGGAAGGCAGCAGAACAGACACAUGGACAGCACUGGAGGUACAGAGUGCUCAAUAAGAGAAAAACCAAGAGUCACAGUUGCACCUUUGCAGAAAGCUCUAAAGACCACAUCACAGUUUCCACUUGCUGAACAGAUGAAAAGGAGCCUACAAGAGGCUGCUGAUAUUAACAAGUAUCUGUUCCAUUGUUCUCAUUGUUCAAAGCAAACUAGAGUUCCCUUUGAAAUGAUCUGACAGCUUUCCCUUUCCCUCAUCCUGACCCUUCCCCUCUGCCUUCCCCGGCCCCCUACUUUCCAUUUUUCAACAUCAUCUAAGCUACAGAAGCCAGGUAAGCCCUUUACUUCCGUAAAUGUUUUGCUAGCUACUCAUAAGUUGCUAACUAUUGAAUUUCAGAAAAAGCAUUUACUGGCAAGGAGAGCAGCGAAAUUAAGCCUUGGUUCCAAUCAAGCUAAGGACACCUGCUUUGGAACCAUGAUUAUUCUGUUCCCAGCAGCUCUGGCCUCCAGAAUGGGAGAAAUUUCUUGUUUUUUGAAAUUGACAGCAGAUAUCACAACAGAUUCCACCUCUGGCAUGUGUUUUUUAUUUUGCUUUUUAGCAGUGCUGACUAAGCCGAAGUUUUGUAAGGUACACAAAAUCCAAUUUAUAUGUAAACAAGCAAUAAUUUAAGUUCUGAACUUAAGUGUUUUAAUUGUAUAAUUUUUGUGAGGUAUACAUAUUGUGGAAUUGACUCAAAAAUGAGGUACUUCAGUAUUAAAUUAGAUACCUUCAUAGCGAUGUCUCCUAAAGGUGUUUUGUAAAGGAUAUCAAUGCCUUGAUUAGACCUAAUUUGUAGAUUUAAGACUUUUUAUUUUCUAAACCUUGUGAUUCUGCUCAUAAAUCAUUUAUCUAAUCUAUAUGAUAUGCAGCCGCUGUAGGAACAAAAUCUUGAUUUUUGUAUGUUUAUAUUCUUUCUUAAUGAACCUUAGAAAGACUCCAUGUGACUAAGCAGGCCACUUUUAUGGUUGUUUUCUUGCCACUCCGCAGGGGAUAGUCUUUUCUUACAGAGCUCAGUUUCAGACAACCAUAAUACUAAGAAACUGGUGACCUUUUUGAGCUAUUGUCUCUGUAACCCUAGUAGACAUACUUUCUUACCUAAAUUUCACAACGAUAUCUUUUUGAUGUCUAAAAAGCAGAGCAUUUUAUAUUAUCACAUUAGCCAGGCUUUUUAGGAACAAACAGGUUUUUUUUUUUCCUUGAAAUUUGUUUAUUUGUGGCAGGGUAAAAAAUAUGUUCAAACUACCCCACUUAUUUGUAUUUAUAUCUCUAUCUUCAAAUUAUGGCACUAUGGGAAGAGAUACAGCCCAGAGAGAAAUGGUAAGUAGACAGUCAGAAAGUGUUGUUCCAUAUUU